AUGGAAAUAGCCCCCCUCUCAACACUUGACACUAUUGCUGUUCACAUUCUAUAUGCCACAGAGGCUAAAGAUGAAGUAUAUGAAGCCGCGACUAAAGGGACGACUUCGACCAAAAAUGACGCCGCUUCAAUACAUGCAACUUUUCAGGAUAUUCGUCACAGCUUCGAUAUUCAUGCUAAAACCACCAAUUACUUCAGUUACUGGGAUAAGGUAUACCCAGACCAGCUGAAGACUGUCACAGCCUUCAUCAUAGAAGGUUUUGAGAAACUUGGCUGUCCUAUCAAAAGAUUUCGCCAAGGGGAGAAGCUACCUGCUGUAAAACUCACACUUAGGGAUGAAUUCGCAUGUGGCUCCGCUGCCAAAGACUUUGACAAUAAAGCCAUGUCUGCCAAAGAUUUGAGUAUUAAGCUCAUUGCAGACUUCCCUUAUUACUUACCAAUGAACAGAAUUAUAGCUCUUGCGGGUCCUCAACUGGCAGAUUGUUUUCACUGCACGUCAGAUGCACUCGCUGCUGUGAAAGUACUUUGUGAUUUUGUUUCGGCAAUCAUUCGCUGUCGGAGUUUUGAACAUGACCCUUUACAUAUCCUCGAAGUAGGUGCUGGUACCGGGGGCACCACUAAGCACCUUGUUCCCUUCUUACAAGCCAUUGGACUCCCCUUUAUGUACACUUUCACCGAUAUCUCGACGUUGCUAGUCGCACGCGCUAUGAAAACAACAUUUAAGGAUGUCGAAUGUAUGAAGUUUAUGAAACUCAACAUCGAGGAGACUCCUCCAGAUGGUGGCUAUUUGAUGAUGGUCGUCUCUACGCAAUGCAAAGUGUUUGGGCCUGGGAACGAGAUAUGCAAGCUGCUGGCUGGGUUCUCCCACGUUGACUGGCCCGAUGGAAUAAGUCGGGAGUCCCGAGGCUUUCGAGUCAUUUGCGGCAUGCUUGCCGAUACCGAGGUCCCUUUUCAUGCUAAAGCGACCUCCAUGCUUUUGCAUCGUGCGAAUUUGGCUUCAGGAAAUCGAAAGUUAUUCCUUGUCCCUGGUGGAUUCGGUUCUGGAGCUUUAUUUAGAGGCCUAAAGCCGUCAUUGGUUGCUGUUGAGAAUGUGUCUGUCUAUGCGCUUAAUAUUCCCUUCACAAUAAUUAAACCCGAUCCGAGACAACCACCUACACUUGAGGAGCUCGCUACUGUUUACGUAGCAGAAAUCAAGCGGAAGCAGCCCGAAGGCCCAUACCUGAUCGGAAGGUACUCUAUCGGCGGUGUGGUAGCCUAUGAGAUUAUAUGA